UCUGAUUCGCCGGUUAGCGCUAUAGAAGAUAGCGAGGAUGUUAAUCGUCUUUCUAGUACUAACGUCGUCUACGAGAAUGUAUACCCGGUCGUAGGUACCUAUAAGAUAGAGACUAGCGCUAACUCUAACAACUUAGUAUACCUUAAGGAUUCGCGUAAGCCUUUAGAGUGUCCCUCCGGUCUUAGACUUAUUCCUAAAGGAAUAGGUACUACUCGUCGAUAG